AUGGGGCGGCAUGCGUCGGUGGGAUCAUCGAUCUCCAUGUCGGACGCCGACGCAGAUUUCUCCGACGACAAAGAGCUAGAAUGGCCCUUCGGCAUCAUCGACUCUCUUCGCCGCUCCGAUCUUCGAGAGACCGCCUAUGAACUCUUCUUCAUGUCCUGCCGCUCCUCUCCCGGCUUCGGUGGCCGUUCUCCUCUUUCCUUCUACCCUUCCUCCACCUCUCAAGACGGCGGCGCCGCCACCGGAGAUUUCUCCGGUUCUCUCUUGGGCCCUAAAGGAGGGACAGGGAUGAUGGUGGUCACAAGUAGGAUUAAAAAGUCACUUGGUUUGAAGAGGAGUAGAGCCUCUAUGAUGAGACCAAUGAGUAUUGGCGGCGGUGUUGUUGGUGGCUCCGGCGGCGGCGGCGGCGGUGGUGGUGGUGGCUCUGGAGCGAACUCGCCUAAAGUUAAACGUCCGAUGACGUCGGCUGAGAUAAUGCGGCAGCAAAUGAAGGUCACUGAGCAGAGCGAUCACCGGCUUCGCAAGACCCUUAUGCGCACUCUUGUUGGUCAGACAGGAAGAAGAGCAGAGACAAUAAUCCUCCCUCUAGAGCUUCUCCGUCAAUUAAAGCCCUCAGAAUUCAGUGAUGCACAAGAGUAUCAUUCAUGGCAACGUCGGCAACUAAAAAUUCUCGAAGCCGGCCUCCUCCUCCACCCAUCCAUUCCGCUAGACCGGCUAAACUCCACGGCGGUCCGUCUCCGUGAAGUUUUCCGAUCAAGUGAGCUCAAGCCUAUUGACACUGGCAAAAAUUCCGAUCAAAUGCGGCUUCUAUGUAAUGGUGUGCUCAAUUUAGCUUGGCGUAGCGCGAACGGUGCACCGUCGGAAGUAUGUCAUUGGGUCGACGGAUUCCCGAUCAAUGUACAUCUAUAUCUUGCUCUUCUACAAUCGAUUUUCGAUCUUCGGGAUGAGACAAUUGUUCUUGAUGAAGUUGAUGAGCUUGUUGAGCUAAUGAAAAGAACUUGGUCUACUCUUGGACUUAAUAGAAUGAUCCAUAAUGUGUGCUUCACUUGGGUGCUCUUUCAGCAGUAUGUUCUUACUGGCCAGGUGGAGCCAGACCUAAUGACAGCAACACUAGCAAUGCUAACAGAUGUUGCAAAUGAUGCAAAGAGAACUGAAAGAGAACCAGGCUAUGCAAAGGUUUUAUCAACCACAUUAGCAUCAAUGCAAACUUGGGCUGAGAAAAGGCUACUUGACUACCAUGACAACUUUGACAGGACCACCGUAGCUAAUUUGGACAACAUUCUUGCUCUUGCUCUCACCACCUCUAGGAUCAUCAACAAUGAGGAUGUUUCCGGCAUCGCCAACAGUGUCUUCGAGCGGGAUACCGCUGUCGAUCGUUAUAUAAGGUCAUCUAUGCGCAAUGCUUUCACAAGGAUCCUAGAAAGUGGGAAUGGAGUAGACAGCAUGGUGGUGGAAGUGGAUGAAGAGCCAAGUGAAAUCAUAGUGCAACUAGCCAAAGACACAGAGGAACUAGCUCUUGUGGAAAAAGACACUUUUAGCCCUGCCCUUAAAAGAUGGCACCCUGUUCCAACUGCCUUGGCUGUGGGUACCCUUCACAACUGCUUUGGGGUCAUACUAAAACAGUACUUGGCCAGAGUUACAAGCCUCACCAAUGAAUUGGUUAGAGUCCUACAGUCUGCUGCCAAGCUUGAGAAGGUCUUGGUUCAGAUGGUUGUCGAAGACUCCGCCGAUUGCGAAGACGGCGGUAAAGGUGUUGUUCGAGAAAUGGUUCCUUAUGAAGUCGACUCCGUUAUAAUGACUCUCUUGAAGAGUUGGAUGGAUGAGCGGAUGAGGAUCGGGAAAGAAUUUCUCGCUCGAGCAAAAGAAACUGAGAGUUGGAUCCCAAAGUCAAAAACAGAGCCAUUUGCACAGUCUGCAGUGGAUUUGAUGAGGUUGGCAAAGGUGACAGUUGAUGAGUUUUAUGAGAUUCCAGUCAGUUCAAGGGAGGAUUUAGUGAUGGAACUUGCUGAUGGGUUGGAGACUCUCUUCCAGGAUUAUACAGCUUUCGUUGCUUCUUGUGGAUCAAAGCAAAGUUACAUCCCUCCACUUCCUCCACUAACAAGAUGCAGCCAAGGUUCAAAAUUCACCAAACUCUGGAAGAAGGCAACUCCAUGCAGCAGCUCAAUAGCCAACAGACCUCUCAACAUGGGCAAUGGCCCCAUUGACGGCCACCACCCACGUCCCUCCACCAGCCGCGGCACUCAACGUCUCUACAUUCGCAUAAACACUCUCCAUUUCCUACUCUCCCAUAUCCAUUCCCUCGAAAAAUCCCUCUCUUUCUUCUCCGGUCGCGUCCGCCCUUCACCUUCUAACCGUCGCCUAAUUCCAGCUCACCGUUUCAGUCUCUCUUGCUCGGCCAUCCAAUCCGCAAUUCUUCAUGUCUCCGAGGUUGCUGCCUACCGUCUAAUCUUUCUUGAUUCUAAUCAUUCCUUCUGCGACAGCCUCUAUGUGCAAGACGUUGCAAACUCAAGAAUUCGUCCAGCAUUGCGCAUACUCAAGCAGAACUUGACACUACUUGUAUCUGUCCUCACCGAUAGAGCGCAACCGGUUGCAGUCAAGGAAGUGAUGAAGGCCUCCUUUGAAGCCUUCCUCAUGGUGCUACUCGCCGGAGGUUCUGAAAGAGCUUUCUCAAUAUCAGACUAUGAGAUGAUACUCGAGGACUUCAAGAAUUUGAAGCGAGUGUUUUGUACCACCGGUGAAGGGCUUGUGGCUGAGGAAGUUGUUGAACAGGAAUCUGAGGUUGUUGAAGGAAUUGUCACACUCAUGGGACAACCGUCGGAGAGGCUUGUCGAAGAGUUCAGCAUUGCGGCUUGUGAGUCGAGUGGCAUGGGAGGGCUCACGGGGAACGGGGUGAAGGUGCCAAUGCCUCCGACGACAGGGAGGUGGAACCGCGCUGAUCCUAACACUCUUUUAAGGGUCUUGUGCCACCGAGACGAUGAAAUUUCAAACAGUUUCUUGAAGAGGACCUUUCAGUUGGCAAGGAGACACUGA